GAAAGGAAUCGGAUUGGACAGCUGGAGGACUAAAGGGAGGGGGCUAGGUUGGUUUAAAGUGGGAUGACCGGGCACUUGGGGCUCACCAUUGUGCUUGCCCGUGUCCACGUGGGACGCCGUGCUGUGUAGAAGGCCUCGUGCAAGAUAACGCCGCUUAAAUGCAGACGACAAGAUUGUUCAGGGCCACGGCCAGAGGUGCGCCUUCGUGCAGGCGUCUCCACGGGCUGCUGCUGUGCGGCACCACCACCGCCACCACCGCCUCGGGCCGCUGCCCUGCCGCUGCCCCUGCCGCUGCCGCCUUCGCCUCGGCGGUCGCCCGCCCGCCCCUGCGGCUGCGGCUCCCCGGGUGGGGCUCGCUCCGGUUCAGCAGCCACGCCGCUGCCGUGGGAGCCAUGCCGCCCCCGGAGGGACUCAUCUUUCGCCAGCUGUUUGAGCACGUGAGCUCCACGUACACCUACCUGCUGGCGGACGCGGACAGCCGCGAGGCCGUGCUGAUCGACCCCGUGCUGGAGACCGUCGACAGAGACCUGCGCAUCAUCAACGAGAUCGGAGUGAAGCUGGUGUACGCCGCAAACACUCACUGCCACGCGGACCAUGUGACCGGCACGGGGAUGCUCAAGAAGAAGCUGUCCGGCUGCAAGAGCAUCAUCUCCGGCCAGAGCGGAGCGAUCGCCGACAUUCACAUCAAGGAGGGCGACACCAUCAAGUUUGGGAAGUUUACACUGGAGGUGCGUUCGACCCCAGGACACACGGACGGCUGUCUCACCUACGUGCUGUCGGAUCACAGCAUGGCAUUCACGGGGGAUGCCUUGCUCAUCCGGGGCUGCGGGCGCACGGACUUCCAACAAGGCGACGCCACGAAGCUGUACCAGUCCGUGCACGAGAAGAUCCUCUCUCUGCCUGGAGACUGCGCCCUCUACCCGGCCCACGACUACACGGGUCAGACAAUGAGCACCGUGGCAGAGGAGAAGAAGUUUAACCCUCGCUUCACCAAGCCGCUGCCCCAGUUCGUGGAACUCAUGAACAACCUGAACCUGCCCAAGCCCAAGCAGAUCGACCGUGCAGUUCCUGCAAACCUCUUGUGCGGUAUCCAGGACUGAGGCCGCCACAGUGGCUGCUGCACGGAUGGAACUUGGUUACGGACAAAGGGCGCACUGGAUCCGUUUGUGGUUUGGCAAUCGCGAGAUGUCCCGUGAAAGCUCCAGUCCGCUUCCGAGUCUGCGAGUUUGAUUGUGUGUGCCUUCUGGGUUGGAGUUUUGUCGGUGUGGCAAUUGGGUAAUAAUGAUGGCUUUAGUAGUCAAGACUUGGGUGUAAGUGAUUUUUUAUAUCCCAUGGAGCUCUUCAGCGUGGGCAGGAUUACAGUAUCGUGUAAAGAGGGUGACCGCGAGAAUUUAAAAAUUCACCCCUAUGUAGGAAAUGGCGCAUUCCAUAAAGGCUUUGGCUUAAUUACUUUAUAUGUGCGCACUCCACAGCUCAGCGGAGCGAGGCCUCCAGGGAGCGCUUAAUUUCUCACUCGAUAUUUCUUAAAACGCUCCUCGGCAGCCUUGGCAGUCGCGAUCAUCGGCAUAAGGCACGAACCACCACCACCACGGGAGUACACAAUGUAUUCUCGGCGCAGCGUUACGGCCGCAAGGUCAAUCCACCGCCGCUGUUUUGACUUGUGGGGAAGUGUCAAUCAAAGAGGACUUUUGAAAAGCCAACGCAGUUUGUGAAGUUCCUAAAGUUGUCGAGUAAAUAUUGCCAGAUUUACGGUGCAUCAACGUGUGCAGCAGCAUUGUUGUGUGCAUUGCCGAGGAGUGUGCCAUUUCCAACUGGAGCGGGGGGGGGGGCAGCACUGGUCGGUUUAUGGAAAUGAAAGACGGGAGAGGGUUCUCUCCGAUGUCAUCUGCGUUUCCCAUGAAGCCUCCGAGAGCUGUCCUUAAAAUUGUUACAGCAUUUUUUUUGUUUCUCUAAGGGGACGAUGUUUGGUUUCGGAUUCAAGGGGCGACGUGAACGAAAUUCAACGUACGCAUUUGCGUGCCCCCCCCCCCCCCGACUGAUGAUUGUUGUUAUCCCAAUUGUGUGAGCUGAUUGGUCGGUUUGGCGUUAAAGCUCCCGUGUAAGGACUGUUAUUCUAUGAAAUAUCGUGUGUGCCUCAAGCCAAAUUCCCAGCUCUCCUCACUGAAUGUUGCAUAUCCUAAGUUAAUUGUAAAUAAUUUUUUUAUCGGGAAUAUAAAGGAAAUUAUACAGUUGAGGUUUAAGCUAUAGAUUAUAUUGUAUGGGUGACAGGUAGCAUUCUACCUUAUAGGAUUACAGCCUUAAACUAGCUCAUCUAUUAUACUUUUCUGAUUCCUUUGGUUCGGUUUAAAAUACAUGUGUGUGUGUGUUUUGUUACAGCAGUAGCUACAUUUUGAGUUGGUUCAGAACACCCCGAUACAUGGUACACUCCAUAUCAACUGGGGCUAAUGGUUGACACUCGUGGCUCAAGUCGUGCCGCCAUGGAGUAUACCAUCUUUUGUAGGGGUUGCAACACACACCAUUCUUACUUGAAUACUGAGCUACUCCUCUUGUUUGCAGUUGAUAAAAAUAAUUUGGGGAAAUCUUCACGUGACCUGUUUUAAUAAAGCAAACGAUUAUUUCCAUCAUAGGAAGCUAACGUUAAUAACAUAAGUUUAUGUUGCAUGUGUGCCUGAUAAUUUUAAUGAAUAAACGUCAGAAGAAAA